UCCCCCCCCGCCCCCUUCUCUCAUUCUUCAAGGUGAACUUCACGGUAGACCAGAUACGGGCCAUCAUGGACAGAAAGGCCAACAUCAGAAACAUGUCUGUGAUUGCCCACGUUGAUCACGGCAAAUCAACCUUGACCGAUUCUCUGGUAUGCAAAGCUGGUAUCAUUGCCUCUGCCCGCGCGGGGGAGACCCGUUUCACCGACACAAGGAAGGAUGAGCAGGAACGGUGCAUCACCAUCAAAUCAACAGCUAUUUCCCUAUUUUAUGAGCUCUCUGGAAAUGAUUUGGCCUUCAUCAAGCAAAGCAAGGAUGGUUCUGGUUUCUUGAUCAACCUGAUUGACUCUCCUGGGCACGUGGACUUCUCUUCAGAGGUCACUGCUGCUCUUCGUGUCACUGAUGGUGCCCUGGUUGUUGUGGACUGCGUCUCUGGCGUGUGCGUGCAGACAGAGACUGUGCUGCGUCAGGCCAUUGCCGAGAGGAUCAAGCCUGUCUUGAUGAUGAACAAGAUGGACCGAGCACUGCUGGAGCUGCAGCUGGAGCCAGAAGAGCUGUACCAGACCUUCCAGCGCAUCGUGGAAAACGUGAACGUCAUUAUCUCCACGUAUGGAGAAGGAGAAAGUGGCCCCAUGGGAAAUAUCAUGAUCGAUCCGGUGCUUGGUACCGUCGGCUUUGGUUCUGGCCUGCACGGCUGGGCUUUCACUCUGAAACAGUUUGCUGAAAUGUACGUUGCAAAGUUCGCUGCCAAGGGUGAUGCCCAGCUGAAUCCAUCUGAGCGUGCCAAGAAAGUAGAAGACAUGAUGAAGAAGCUGUGGGGAGACAGAUAUUUUGAUCCUGCUACUGGCAAGUUCAGCAAAUCUGCUACCAGCCCUGAUGGAAAGAAACUGCCCAGGACCUUCUGCCAGCUCAUCCUUGACCCCAUCUUCAAGGUUUUCGAUGCAAUCAUGAACUUCAAGAAAGAGGAGGCGGCUAAACUGAUUGAGAAACUGGACAUCAAGCUUGACAGCGAAGAUAAGGACAAGGAGGGCAAACCCCUGCUGAAGGCCGUGAUGAGGCGGUGGCUGCCUGCCGGAGAUGCCCUGGUGCAGAUGAUCACCAUUCACCUGCCUUCUCCUGUCACAGCCCAGAAGUACCGCUGUGAGCUGCUCUACGAGGGACCCCCCGAUGAUGAGGCUGCCAUAGGUAUUAAGAACUGUGACCCCAAAGGCCCCCUGAUGAUGUACAUCUCUAAAAUGGUGCCAACCUCUGACAAGGGACGCUUCUACGCUUUUGGACGUGUCUUCUCUGGUCUCGUCUCAACUGGCUUGAAAGUCAGAAUCAUGGGACCAAACUACACGCCUGGCAAGAAGGAGGAUCUGUACCUGAAGCCGAUUCAAAGGACCAUUCUCAUGAUGGGCCGCUACGUCGAACCCAUCGAGGACGUGCCUUGUGGAAACAUUGUUGGUCUGGUUGGUGUCGACCAGUUCCUGGUGAAGACUGGAACCAUCACCACCUUUGAGCACGCUCACAACAUGAGAGUCAUGAAGUUCAGCGUCAGCCCCGUCGUGCGCGUGGCUGUGGAAGCCAAGAACCCAGCUGACCUGCCCAAGCUGGUGGAGGGACUGAAGCGUCUUGCCAAGUCUGACCCUAUGGUGCAGUGCAUCAUUGAGGAGUCCGGGGAGCACAUCAUCGCUGGUGCAGGGGAGCUGCACUUGGAGAUCUGCCUGAAGGAUCUGGAAGAGGACCACGCGUGCAUUCCUAUUAAGAAAUCGGAUCCUGUUGUGUCCUACCGUGAGACGGUCAGCGAGGAAUCCAACGUGAUGUGCCUUUCCAAGUCCCCCAACAAACACAACAGGCUGUACAUGAAGGCCCGGCCCUUCCCGGAUGGCUUGGCUGAAGACAUCGACAAGGGUGAGGUCUCUGCUCGUCAGGAGCUGAAGCAACGAGCUCGUUACCUGGCUGAGAAGUACGAGUGGGAUGUCACCGAAGCCAGGAAAAUCUGGUGCUUUGGUCCCGACGGCACCGGCCCCAACAUCCUCACCGACAUCACCAAGGGAGUGCAGUACCUGAAUGAGAUCAAGGACAGCGUGGUGGCCGGCUUCCAGUGGGCGACGAAGGAGGGGGUCCUGUGCGAGGAGAACAUGCGUGCCGUGCGUUUCGACGUGCACGAUGUCACCCUGCACGCCGAUGCCAUCCACCGCGGAGGCGGGCAGAUCAUUCCCACUGCCAGGAGAUGCCUGUACGCCUGCGUGCUCACCGCUCAGCCCAGGCUCAUGGAGCCCAUCUACCUUGUGGAAAUCCAGUGCCCGGAGCAGGUGGUCGGUGGCAUCUACGGUGUGCUGAACAGGAAGCGUGGCCACGUGUUCGAGGAGACCCAGGUGGCUGGAACCCCCAUGUUCGUGGUGAAGGCCUACCUGCCCGUCAACGAGUCCUUCGGUUUCACGGCGGAUUUGAGGUCCAACACGGGGGGCCAGGCUUUCCCCCAGUGCGUCUUCGACCACUGGCAGAUCCUGCCCGGGGAUCCCUUCGACAGCGCCAGCCGUCCCUGCCAGGUGGUGGCCGAGACCCGCAAACGCAAAGGGCUGAAGGAAGCGUCCCCCAUCCUCGUGCCGGUGCUGACCCCGCUGCCAAGCACACGCCGGCACGUGCGAUGCAGGAGGUCCUCUCCUCACCUCCUCCCCGCACCCCGCAGCGGCCAGUUUGCCAUUGUACGAAAAUGCCGGGAGAGGAAAACGGGUCUGGAAUACGCGGCCAAAUUCAUCAAGAAGCGUCGGCUGUCGUCCAGCCGUCGGGGCGUGAGCCGGGAGGAGAUCGAGAGGGAGGUGGACAUCCUGCGGGAGAUCCAGCACCCCAACAUCAUCACGCUGCACGACAUCUUCGAGAACAAGACAGACGUGGUGCUGAUCCUGGAGCUGGUCUCGGGCGGCGAGCUCUUUGAUUUCCUGGCUGAGAAGGAGUCCCUGACGGAGGAGGAGGCCACCCAGUUCCUCAAGCAGAUCCUGGACGGGGUGCACUACCUGCACUCCAAGCGCAUCGCCCACUUCGACUUGAAGCCGGAGAACAUCAUGCUGCUGGACAAGAACGUGCCAAACCCUCGCAUCAAACUCAUCGACUUCGGGAUCGCCCACAAGAUAGAAGCUGGGAAUGAAUUCAAGAACAUAUUUGGGACCCCGGAGUUUGUAGCCCCAGAAAUCGUGAACUACGAACCCCUGGGGCUGGAGGCCGACAUGUGGAGCAUCGGGGUCAUCACUUACAUCCUGCUGAGCGGAGCCUCCCCCUUCCUGGGGGAAACGAAGCAAGAGACCCUGACCAACAUAUCCGCCGUCAACUACGACUUCGACGAGGAGUAUUUCAGCAACACCAGCGAGCUGGCCAAGGACUUCAUCCGCCGCCUGCUCGUCAAGGACCCCAAGAAGCGGAUGACCAUCGCUCAAAGCCUGGAACAUCCUUGGAUUAAGGUGAUCAAGAGGAGGAACGUCCGCAAUGAAGACAACUGCAAGAAGCCUGAGCGCCGCCGGCUGAAGACCACACGCCUGAAGGAGUACACCAUCAAGUCCCAUUCCAGCAUGCCGCCAAACAACACGUACAUCAACUUCGAGCGCUUCUCCAAGGUCAUGGAGGAGGUGGCUGCAGCCGAGGAGAGCCUCCGAGAGCUGGAGAGGAACAAGAAGUCCUUCCAGGAGGACAUCGAGGCCCUGCUGUCCAUCUAUGAGGAGAAGGAGUCGUGGUACAAGGAGGAGAACGAGAGUAUCAGCCAGGACCUCCGCCAGAUCCGGCAGGAGCUGCAGAAGACGGAGGCCCUGAAGAAGCAGGCGCAGGAGGAGACCAAGAACGUGGUGCAGGUGGCCAACGGCCUCAAGAGGCGUUACCGAAAGCUGGAGAACCACUACGAGGCGUUGGCCAAGCAGGUGGCCUCGGAGAUGAAGUUUGUCCAGGAGCUGGUGUGGUCCAUUGAGCGGGAGAAGCUGCAGAGCGGCGAGGGAGACGGCAGCAUC